ACCCAGAGGUGGAGAGAAUGAGCCAGAAAGAGGGUCUGAGGGCCAACUCCUUUCAGUUCACCCUAGAGGUAGAGCCCUUUCACAUCCUGGGGGGCUCUAUCCACUACUUCCGUGUCCCCAGAGCCUACUGGGAGGACCGGCUGCUGAAGAUGAGGGCCUGUGAGGUCAACACUCUCACCACCCUAGCAGCAGAGUUGGGGCUCUGGUUUAUUCUGCGGGCAGGACCCUACAUCUGUGCUGAGUGGGACUUAGGAGGGAUGCCCAGUUGGUUGCUGUGUGAUCCAGACAUGAAGUUGAGAACAACCUACCGAGGUUUCACAGAAGCAGUUGACUCCUUUGAUCAACUCAUUCCAAGAGUUGCACCAUUUCAGUACUCCAAGGGGGGCCCAAUUAUAGCAGUUCAAGUGGAGAACGAGUAUGGCUCUUAUGCAAAAGAUGUUGAAUACAUGCCAUACAUAAAAGAGCCCCAGAAGUUCAAGAUGGUGAUGGAGUAUUGGUCUGGGUGGUUUGACCUCUGGGGUGACCUUCACCAUGUUUUUGCUGCUGAGGCCCUUGAAGUCAGAAACCAGUCAACAUGGAGAACUCCUAUGACUACACUUUAUAUGAGACCACCAUCAGCAGUGGAGACCUUCUGAACUCCAGGAACAAUGUUCGAGACAGAGCCCUGGUGUUUGUGGACUAACUAUUUGUUGGAGUUCUGGACUAUAAGAUGCUGGAGUUUGCACUGCCUGAUGGGAAGGUGUAGUGAUAGUGUGUUUCGGGCAAAAAGUAGCCUAGCGGUUAUAGUAUUGGGCCAGUAACCAAAUAGUCGCUGGCUUUCGAAUACCUGAGCUGACAAGGUGAAAAAUCUGACGUGCCCUUGAGCAAGGCAAUUAUCCCUGAUUUGCUCAAGGGGCACCGUACUACUAUGGCUGUCUCUGUAAAACAAACAUUUCCCUGCAGCUAUCCGGUGUAUGUGACAAUAACACAUAAUUUUAUUCUAUUCAGUCUAUAGGUGUGCUGCUGAGCUGCUUUCUAAACUGGCUAGUUUAUAUUCAACACCACAUGAUAGAGGGGAAAGCUUCUGUUGAUGCUGAUAAAUGCGGUAGUCACUAAGGUGCCAGGAUUAAGCCAACAGAAAGUUUUCAGACAAAUGUUGUUCUAACAAAGAGGAAUCGCAAUCACUAACUUUGCACCUGCCUGUUAUUGAAAAACAAGUCCACGCUGCUUACCCUAUCGCACAGAAGCAGAUUGGACUUGAUCAAUUAUUAUCUUCAGUUCAACUGAAAGCCACGUUUCCUCUAUUGUCUCUAGUUAGUCUACUUUGCAUUGUGGGCUGUAGAUAGUACGUCCAAUUGUUUCCACAUCUUUUAUGUACUUUCCAUUGAAGGGGGAGAGGACAUUGAGUUUACUUGUGGAGAACUCUGGGAGAGCGAACUGUGGUCAACUCCUAGAUGAACAGCGUAAAGGUAAUUCGAUAGUUUUAACUACUGUUUCUGGGUCAGUGAUAGCCUUGUGGUUGUAUAACUAGACACAUAUAUUGGUAAAUCCUUUCAGAAUUGGUGCUCAAAAGCAGCUAAUUAACCACAAUGUAGAAAAUCAAAGGCCGCCUUAUUUCAGCCUUGGCUUAUUUUUCAGGUCUUGUCGGAGACAUUGAGUUGACCAAUACCCCACUACGAGACUUUAUCAUUCAUAGUCUAGAUAUGAAGCCUGGCUUUGUAAAUAGGUUUGUACUGAUCAUGAACAUCUUUCAAUUUCCGUCCCCAUGUUUAUUUGUUCUGAGUCUGUCAUUGCUCCUGCCUAGCUCAGAUUCUGUUGAUUAUCUUCUUGGUUCUCGCUGAGCAUAGAAAUACAAUGCCAGAUUGCAGAAAUAACAGAUUUUUCAUGUGGUUUCCCACUACCAUGUUAAAAACCCAUUAUAAUCAGCUGAGAAAUUAGCGCUGUCUUGAAAAUGCUUGCCCACUAAGAACAACACUACAUCUAAAGAUCAGAAGUGGAAUAAAAACAUUUAUUUUUCCACGACUGAAGUCAUGCCAUUGUACACUCUCACAAAUGAUCUCGUUACAUUAAUAAAUAUGAUGAGGAAUCAUAUUAGUCAGUGAUUUCCUGUGUUAUAAUAGGGUGAUCUCCUCCCAUGUUUCAGACUGAGUGCAGCAAGCCAGGGUUCUUCCAGGGCAUGCUGUAUGUGGACGGCCAUCCCAGAGACACCUUCAUCAGACUUCCUGUGUGUAAAGCAGCCCAACAGGGUCUGUGCUUAUGAAAGAGAGUCCCACCUGUCCAUACUUUUUAUUGAUGUGUAGUAUAGUAGGACUAUCUGGUUUAUUGUUAGCUAGUGUAGUAGGCAUAUCACACAUCAGACCAACAUAGUGAUGAAAGAAGGUCCUAGAGAAACCCUAAACUCUGACAUGCUGACCAGACCGCUCACGCACGUGCUAAUUUUGUCCACCCACACCCAGGUUGAAAUAUCAAAACAAACUCUGAACAAACUAUAUUCAUUUUGGGACAGGUUGAAAAGCAUUAAACAUUGGCAAUUUAGCUGGCUGUUUUGCUGUUGCUAGCUAAUUUAUACCCUGGUAUAUAAACAUUGGGAUGUUAUUUUACCUGAAAUGCACAGGGUCCUCUACUCCGACAAUUAUUCCACAGAUACAAAGGUAAACCGAGUUCGUUGCUAGUAAUCUCUCCUCUUUCAGGCUUCUUCUUCUUCUGUAGACUUUAUAUGGCAUUUGACAAACAAUUUUAAAGUGCAUUACCAGAACAAGCUGGAUUAGAAUGUGGACCUCAGUUAACCUUUCAAUCAUGCUCUAAAAACCAAUGAGGAGAUGGCACGUGGGUAUAUGCUCCUAAAAACCAAUGAGGAGAUGGGAGAGGCGACUUGCAGUUCAUCAAGCGUUACAAAUAGAACCAAGUUCUAUUUUAGUCACUGAUUAGUGAAUUCCAUUCAUAGGGCUGGAGUAAAGGAGUGGUAUUAACCAACGGGCAGAAUCUUUGACGCCACUGGUCCAUCGGUCCCCAGAAAACCCUCUACCUCGCUGGACCUUGGCUUAACUGAGGAAAUAAUCAGAUGUUGAUGCCGUAACUGUUACUGCCUUUCUGUCUAACUAGUUCCCUGGAAAAACACCCUACACAGGAGUUCACUCAGAUGCCUCUGUUAGGAACAUCACAGGUCAAUAGUUUUGAUGUACAGUUGCAGUGGGUUUGAUGAUAUUGAACUUGGCAGUGCUUUGUGGGAAUAGUCCUCAGGCGACUUCUCUUCCCUCUGAACAUGUUGGUUCCACGCCUCGGCUGUAUUGACCUCUGCUGUGAUUCAAAGCCUUUUGUUGAUCUCAGGUCAUUGUGUUUGAGGAGCAAGAAGCGGAUGGUAAAAUCCAAUUCGCCAGAAAGCCUGACCUUGGAAUGACUGUUGACGUAUAGUGAGGAUGGCCUACUGGAAUGGAGGUAUGGUUAGGAGUUCCAUCCUCUCACAUUUUCACACUCUGCCUGCCAUCAGGGACCUAGCUAGAUAGCUACUCAGAAUCGAUGCACAUCACUGCACAUGGCAUUUAUUUCCUGUCGGGAAGCCCCACCCUCUGAAUGAUCCAGACUAAUAAAGCAUCAUACUAGAGCUUGAAAAUGUAACUGUGCCUUCAUUAUAUAUGAUGGGCCACUGCAGUAUCUGUACUGCAAUAUCUGUUUUGUACUUGUUGUUUGUGCAUUACCAUUCCAUAUGUGUAUUGUGAGAAUUGUGUCAGAGAUACUAAUUUAGAGAUUUCAGGUAUUUUAAUGUAUAGGUGUUUGUCCGGAUUCAAGGACACAUCUACUUGAUAUUGUAUUUCUUUGAAUGGACAAUUAAAACAAAAACACAGAUUGUUCUUUUGAGAUUAACCAGUGACGUGUGAUGGUGAAUUAAACUGAACCAUCAGUGCAGUGGAUACUCUCAAAUACAAAGACAUUUGUCAAGUACUUCACUUUUCAGUUGUUUAUUUUUCUUGAUAAAUGCCAUAUGGUAUCUCUGA